CCUCCCGGACGCCAGUGGAACGCGUGUCCCGAGGGUCCCCGAAGUCUGCGGGAAGUUCCAGGCGGGAGCUUCGCCCCGGGCUCGCGAAGGUGGGGUGCGGGCCGCUGAGCGCGGGCCAGGGCGCCGCCGGGCCGCGCGGGCGGGAACGCGCGGCGGCCGUCCCCUCCUCCCUCGCUCCCGCCCGCAGCGGCGGCGGCGGCGCUUCUCCGGCGCGGAGCGGCUUUAAAAGGCGGCACCCCACCCCCUGGCGCACUCGCCGCUCGGGCGCCGAGCGAGCCUGCCGUUGCCAUGCCUCCGCGCGCGCCGCCCGCGCCAGGGCCCCGGCCGCCGCCCCGGGCCCCCGCCGCCGCCUGGGACGCGGACACCGACACGGACACGGCCGGCGCCGGCGGGCCCGGGCUCCGGCCGCUCGCGCCGCGCCCCUGGCGCUGGCUGCUGCUGCUCGCGCUGCCCGCCGCCUGCUCCGCGCCGCCGCCGCCGCGCCCCGUCUACACCAACCACUGGGCGGUGCAAGUGCUGGGCGGCCCGGCCGCCGCGGACCGCGUGGCCGCGGCGCACGGCUACCUCAACUUGGGCCAGAUCGGAAACCUGGAAGAUUACUACCACUUUUAUCAUAGCAAAACCUUUAAAAGAUCAACCUUGAGUAGCAGAGGCCCUCACACCUUCCUCAGGAUGGACCCCCAGGUGAAAUGGCUCCAACAACAAGAAGCUAAACGCAGGGUGAAGAGACAGGUGCGAAGUGACCCUCAGGCCCUUUAUUUCAACGACCCCAUUUGGUCCAACAUGUGGUACAUGCAUUGUGGCGACAAGAACAGUCGCUGCCGAUCAGAAAUGAAUGUCCAGGCGGCGUGGAAGCGGGGCUACACGGGAAAAAACGUGGUGGUCACCAUCCUGGAUGAUGGCAUAGAGCGGAAUCACCCCGACCUGGCCCCAAACUAUGAUUCCUAUGCGAGCUAUGACGUCAACGGAAACGAUUACGACCCGUCUCCGCGAUAUGAUGCCAGCAAUGAGAACAAACACGGUACUCGCUGUGCGGGAGAGGUCGCCGCUUCAGCCAACAACUCUUACUGCAUCGUGGGCAUCGCGUACAAUGCAAAAAUCGGAGGCAUCCGCAUGCUGGACGGAGACGUGACCGACGUGGUGGAGGCCAAGUCCCUGGGCAUCAGACCCAACUACAUCGACAUUUACAGCGCGAGCUGGGGGCCGGAUGACGACGGGAAGACGGUGGACGGGCCCGGCCGACUGGCCAGACAGGCCUUCGAGUACGGCAUUAAAAAGGGCCGGCAGGGCCUGGGCUCCAUUUUCGUCUGGGCGUCGGGGAACGGCGGCCGAGAGGGGGACCACUGCUCCUGCGACGGCUACACCAAUAGCAUCUACACCAUCUCCGUGAGCAGCACCACGGAGAAUGGCUACAAGCCCUGGUACCUAGAGGAGUGUGCGUCCACCCUGGCCACCACCUACAGCAGCGGGGCCUUCUACGAGCGCAAAAUCGUGACCACGGAUCUGCGCCAGCGCUGCACCGAUGGCCACACCGGGACCUCUGUUUCAGCCCCCAUGGUGGCCGGCAUCAUCGCCUUGGCGCUGGAAGCAAACAGCCAGCUGACCUGGAGGGACGUCCAGCACCUGCUGGUGAAGACGUCCAGGCCGGCCCACCUCAAAGCAAACGACUGGAAGGUGAACGGUGCUGGUCAUAAAGUUAGCCACCUCUAUGGAUUUGGCUUGGUAGACGCGGACGCCCUCGUCAUGGAGGCCAAGAAGUGGACUGCGGUGCCCCUGCAGCACAGCUGUGUCGCCGUCACAGACAAGAGGCCCAGGAGCAUCCCCGUGGUGCAGACGCUGAGGACCAGCGCCCUGACCACCGCCUGUGCCGACCACUCGGACCAGCGUGUGAGCUACCUGGAGCACGUGGUGGCCCGCAUCACCAUCUCCCACCCACGCCGAGGAGACCUGCAGAUCCACUUGAUUUCUCCCUCAGGGACCAAGUCUCAGCUUUUGGCGAAGAGGUUGCUGGAUCAUUCCAACGAAGGCUUUACAAACUGGGAGUUCAUGACCGUGCACUGCUGGGGAGAGAAGGCCGAGGGGGAGUGGACCCUGGAAAUCCAGGACAUGCCAUCCCAGGUCCGCAACCCAGAGAAACAAGGUAAUGCAGGUGAAGUAGAGAUGAGAGAGGAAUGUACGUUCCCAACUGCAUGUGUUAGAAAAGAAGAAAGGCUAAAGAUUGAUGGGAAGUUGAAAGAGUGGAGCCUCAUCCUGUACGGCACGGCCCAGCACCCCUAUACCACCUUCAGCGCCCAUCAGUCUCGCUCCCGGAUGCUGGAGCUCUCGGCCCUAGAGCCAGAGCCACCCAAGGCCGCCCUGUCGCCGUCCCAGGCCGAGGUUCCCGAGGACGAAGAGGACUACACAGCUCCUCCCUCCCAUGGCUCUCCUAAUAUUUUACAGACCAGUGUGUGCCAUCCGGAGUGUGGUGACAAAGGCUGUGAUGGCCCUAACGCAGACCAGUGCUUGAACUGUGUCCACUUCAGCCUGGGGAGCGUCAAGACCAGCAGGAAGUGCGUGAGCAUGUGCCCCUUGGGCUACUUUGGGGACAUGGCAGCCCGCCGCUGCCGCCGCUGCCACAAGGGAUGCGAGACCUGCUCCGGCCGGGGCCCCACCCAGUGCCUGUCUUGCCGCCGCGGGUUCUACCACCAUCAGGAGGUGAACACCUGUGUGACCUUCUGUCCCGCUGGAUUUUAUGCUGAUGAAAAUCAGAAAAACUGCCUUAAAUGCCACCCAAGCUGUAAGAAGUGCAUGGAUGAACCAGAGAAAUGUACUGUCUGUAAAGAAGGAUUCAGCCUUGCACGGGGCAGCUGCAUUCCAGACUGUGAGCCAGGCACCUACUUUGACUCUGAGCUGAUCAGGUGCGGGGAAUGCCAUCCCACCUGCCAGACCUGCGUGGGGCCCAGCAGAGAAGAAUGUAUUCACUGUGCCCCAAACUUCCACUUCCAAGACUGGAAAUGUGUGCCAGCCUGUGGCGAGGGCUUCUACCCCGAGGAGAUGCCGGGCUUGCCCCACAAAGUGUGCCGAAGGUGUGACGAGAGCUGCUUGAGCUGUGAAGGCUCCAGCAGGAACUGCAGCCGGUGUAAGACAGGCUUCACACAGCUGGGAACCUCGUGCAUCACCAACCACACGUGCAGCAACGCCGAUGAGACCUUCUGCGAGAUGGUCAAGUCCAACCGGCUCUGCGAACGCAAGCUCUUCAUCCAGUUCUGCUGCCGCACCUGCCUCCUGGCUGGGUAGGGGCGCCCGGCCGCCCGCACAGGGCAGGGCCCCUCCUGUCUGUCCGUCCACCUUCCUCCAGGCUGUCGGCCAGAGUCUGUUUCAGGAGUGGUACCCUGCAUCUGACAGCUUUAUCUCCCCAGGAGCGAGGUCUUUCCGCGGCAUCUCUGGGCGCCCAGGCCAGGUGGGUGAGGGCUUCGAGGAGGUGUCGGCAAUGUCCUCUCACACCCUGCUUGCUGGCUCCAUUCUUCUGGCUAACUCACAAUGGGAACAGAACCAAUUCCAGGAAUCCACAGCUCCGGCUUCAGAGCAGCUUCUGGGACCAUAAGUUUACUGAAUCUUCGAGACCAAAGCAGAAAGGCAGGAUGCUUGGUGCAUUGCUCUUCUCCCCGUGCUUUUGGGCAGCCCGCAGACCCCUGGGCUGUGCCCCUGCGUGAUGGAGGGCUAAGGGGCAUACCUGCUCAUCUGCCUGCCACAGUCUGGGGGAUGGUUUGGUCAGACUGUAAAUAAAACAGAUUUUGGGGCUUCAAACGUGUGACCACUGGGGAUGGAGCAUCUAUUUCUCCAUAAUCAGCGACUUCUGAAACUGCAGCCAUGGCUUAGAAAGUCUAAUCCCAAACGGAUGGGUUGGAAGGACCCUCCUUCCUCUGCCGCCCUUUCCUCUGAGGGAGCUGAAGGUCCCCGGUCUCUGCAUCCUAUCUGUGUCUCUGGGAGUCUCAUGGCCCAGAUGAACGGGCACCUCUGCCUAACACAGAGGGUCCCCAGGAGGCGUCCCGGGGGCUGGCCAAAAGGUGCCCCAACGACCAAGCAAUUCUUCCUACCAAAAUGUAAACCCAGCCUGUGAACUGUUAAUUGUCUGUCGUGUCCCGUUUCGUGGAAUUGCUUUGAAAAUACAUUGGCCCUGCUUUUCAGGAGACUUGUUCUUAAGGUGGGCGCCCCUGCGUCUGUGUGUGCUAUGAGCCUAACGACAUGGCUGGAUUUAUUUUUGCCAAACCUGUGUGGGUAUUUUAUAAGCUACGUGUUCUGAUUUUUACCAAUGUUAAUUAUUUUGACAAAUAUUUCAUAUAUUUUCAUUGAUAUGCACAGAUCUGCUUGAUCAAGUCCCUUUAAUAUGGGAGUAACAUUUGCCUUAAAUUUUUUCGAGCUCGUUCUCCAUUUCGUCCUGCUCCCGUCUUUGACUGUAACACAUUUGACAAGUCCCCUGUCAGCUGGGGGGGAGCCCAGCUGUUGUUUGUUGAAUCCACAACUCCGAAAAUGAAAUCCACAAAGCAAAUACAGUGUUAACCCUAAAUUAAUAAAAGAGUUAACAUUUCAUGGCAAA